UUAUUUCAGUAACUACUCUUCUUAUUUGAGUGACUCUUCUUUCUCUUGGACUUCUUGUCGUUUUUGAAGUAUAUUCAAGUUUGUACUCUAUUGUGUAUCUAAAGAAUUGGUCAUAUUUUGAGAAUCAAAUUAACUCGAACUAAAGAAAGAUAUAAAAAGCAAGUAAACUGAUUCAAAUUACCUCCAGGUGUGCUGUACAUUGAAGGUAGAAACACUAUAGUUCUAUUUAGGCAUGAAACUUUGCAAACUCAAGAUCUUUCAAGAAGAUACGUUCUAAUAGUUGCACUAUAUAUGAUUGUGUUCUUGUCAAACUGAAUCCCUGUUUUCUAUUUACUUGAAUCUCUAUGAUACGACUCUUAGUCUUCUGCGAGUUGACAUUUUUUUCAUUCUCUAAAUUAGAUUUGUUGUUUUUUGUUUAAGUAAUUACUCUUCUUGUUCGAGUUACUCUUUUAUCUCUCGGAUUGCUGGUUUUUUCCAUAAUUUGGUCAUGUUUCUUAAGAUCAUUAACCUUUGAAACUUUCCAAUAAAAUAGGGAUGAAAUUAGAAUCAUUAUUAACACUAGGCUUAGGAUUACUCAAUAAUAUCUCACUUGUUGGAAGGUUACCAAAACUGCACAACAUUUUUCUAUUGCAACUCAUGCGUUCUUCAGGUAAGUUAAUGAAAUGUUUGAUCUAGCAAUCCUACCUAUUCAAUUUCCAGAGAUUCAAUAUAUUUAACUUGCAACUUGAACCUGUAAUUGAAGAGUAUGACUCAUGAUCUUCUCGAGUUGCUUUAUUCUCUAACUUAAGUUUUUUUUUUGUUCAAGUUACUGCUCAUCUUGUUCCCUUUCUCUAGAAUUGAUGGUCAUUUUUUAAAAGUAUAUUAAUUUUGUAGCUGCACCAUAUAUUCUUCCGGUAUUAACUAAAUCUCUGUUUUUUAUGUACUCGAACCUCAAGUAUGGCUCUUCCUUCAUUAUUAUGCAAUAUAAUAGAAAGAGAAAGACAUUUUCUUUGUCAAAUGUAAGAUGCAAUAUAAUGUAGGAAUUUAGGGUGCACUCUUCAUAAUUUGGUCAUGUUUCUUAAUUUCACUAACCUCUGUAACAUUCAAGUGGAGUGAUGGUAAGAAUAAAUAGAGAAUCUCUGUUUUCUAUCAACUCAAAUCUCAGGUGUGCCUCCUCUUCCUUUAGUAGAUUCUUUCUAUUCUCUAAAUUCAAUAUGCACCAUGUUGAUUUCGCUGCUUUUCUCAUUAACAAAGCUCUAAAUUAGAAAGUUUCAAUGUCGAUUGUUACCCAUGUCAAUAGGUUGAGAAUGAGGUUGAAGAGCAAGAAAAGAUUGUUUUCUGAAGUUUGAUAUAUUGUUCAAAUUACUUUUCAAAUAAGGUACAGAGAAUAAGAAGAUUUAAUCAACUACACAUACAGAAGAAGUAGAGUAACUACUAUUUAAUUCAUUAAGAUGUAAUAUAAUGUUGGAAUUGACAUAGAAACCCAAUGUCUUCGUCAAAUGUAAGAUUCAAUAUAAUGUAUGAAUUUAAGUGCAUUCUUCAUAAUUUGGCCAUGUUUCUUAAUUUCAUUAAUUCAUGAGAAAUACUUGGUCCAACUUCAGAACUCUUUCACAAUCUGGUCAUCAUACUUCUAGCCAAGAAUGCACAAACUUUAAAACUUAAAAAAAUAAUUGUGAGAUACAAUUACUCACACACUUAGCCGAAAAUUAAUUUUUAAAUGAUCGUUUAUCGUAAAGUAACCAGGUUGUGUGCAUGUGAUGGUAAAAAUUUAUACGCAUCAUAAAUUUUUUCUUAUUCUUUAUAUUUUUUAAUCUAUUUUUUUAUUUAUUCUCUAAGGUUAUGGCACCUAGUAAGCAAUGGAUGCAACUUUUUCUUAAUAAUCGGGUUGACAAAUCCUACUUAGACGCAAAGUUCUUGAAUUAUGCUUUUUGGGGAACAGAAGAAGACUCUGAAAUAAGAUGUCCAUGUUACAGAUGUUGUAAUACAACAUUAGGAACUCGUGAGACGAUAAAGUCACAUUUGAAAGUAUAUGGAAUAAUUCAAAAUUAUACUUUUUGGUAUCACCAUGGUGAACAUUUAGGUGAUCCAGUAUCAGACUCUAAAGAUGAACAUGAUGAAAAAGUAGAAGAUUGUGAGAGAAUUAUAUCCUAUUAGUACACUGUAAUCCCAAAACUUCAUCAUUCAAAACCUUUCUACUAUCUCUCUGGGUGAAACUAUCAUUUUCCUCAUUGCUUUCAGGUACCUUCAUUUGAUUAUCAACCUUUACCACUGUAGCUUCAUCUAUACUGCUUUCCUGCUGUAUCUGGGAUCCACCUCUUUCAAGUGGAGGUUUCCCCUUGUUAGCAAUCUGCCACACCCUUUUUGGGCCCUGUAGUUCUUUUUGUGUUCUGCUUUCUUGUACGCACUGAAAAGUUAUUCCCCUUUUUCAUCUUCUAAUCACUCAAUUUCAUAGAAUACUAGAACGAAAUACUGGAUAGGAGAUUGAAAUUAGAACUGGAACUAAAUACUAGACAAGGAAUAGAAACUAGAACUGAAUACUAGACAUGGGAUUCAACCAUCUUCUUUAUCUUUCAUUUUAUAGAAGUUUCUCGCUUUACAAUAAUUCUAAUUUUUGUUUUCACUAUAAUUUCUAAAUUCUCAAGUGCCAUCUUUUCUGGACACAUGGAGCAAACCACUCAAUCAUUUGUUGCACCAACAACAACCAUUACCAAUUUACUUAACCUUCCAGCAGCAUCAAUAUUAACAUGAUUUGCAACUCUUCAUCUUUUGCUAGUUCUCAGUCCUUCAUAUGUCGUUUUUACUCUUUCAUGUCUUUCUUCUAAUCCUAAUACAAGACAGAGAAUUAAGCCAUCUUAAUAAUGUCUAAGUGUGAUCUUUAAUCAUUUUACUUAUCAAAAAUCUUCCAUAUCAUACUCUCCUCUAUUUUCAGCUUCUUUACUAUAGAAAUGGAGUUAACCAUCAUUUAUGUUAUGAUCAUUAACUUAACUCAUGUUUUGAUUAUUGUAUGAUAAAUUUGAGAAUGAUGACAUAAAUGAUCAUCGUGAUCAUAUAAUUGGAUGGAUGAAUGAGUUAUGGAAUAAAUGGAAAGGGUACUUUGCAUGCUACAUAUGUUAAGAAUAAGCCAAUUGUACAAGCUCCUAAGAAUAUUCCGAAGGGAGUAGAUGAGAAGGAGUUGGAGUGGUUAGUUAAGGAACAUUUUUGUUCUGAAAGUUUUCAGGAGAGAAGCAAUAGGAAUGCACAAAAUCGAGCUAAGUUGAAGAUGUUUCAUCAUAUUGGUAGAAAGCCUAUUAGAGAGAUUAUUUAUCAGCAGGGUGGAAACGACGGCAACCCACCAAAUUUGGCGACUAUUUUCUUUGAGACUCGUAAGAAAAAUAACAAGCUUAUUGAACCUGAAGCAAUUGAAAAACAUCUUGUUGAUGUUUCUGGAUAAGCCAUGGUGAAGUUUGAUGUUCUUUUGUGAUAUUGAAGAUUAAAGUUACAAGUCAAGAUGCAAGUUUAGAAGAUGCACAAGGAGCCCGUUUGGAUGAGCUUAAAAAAAGUAACUUUUAUGUAUGAAGUGCUUUUAGAAUUUUGAAGUGCUGAAAGUUAUUUUUAUAAACGGAAAAGGGUCAAAAUUACCCCUGAACUUUGAAAAAUAGUUUAUUUAUGCCCUUCGUUAUACUUUAGGGUCAAUUAUACCCUUACCCUUUUACUUUAGGCCAAAUAUGCCCUUGAGUAUAAUAGAGUGCCACGUGUC